AUGGAAACGAAAAGACGACGAGACGAAACGAACAAGAGAUUGUCCAAGGGCAAGAAGGGCCUCAAGAAGAAGACCGUCGACCCCUUCACCCGCAAGGACUGGUACGCCGUGAAGGCCCCUACCACCUUCGCCACCCGGGAUGUCGGCAAGACGCUCGUCAACCGCACCUCCGGUCUGAAGAACGCCAACGAUGCCCUGAAGGGCCGCAUCAUCGAGGUUUCCCUUGCUGAUCUGCAGAAGGAUGAGGAGCACUCGUUCCGCAAGGUCAAGCUCCGGGUUGACGAGGUCCAGGGCAAGAACUGCCUGACCAACUUCCACGGCCUGGACUUCACCUCGGACAAGCUGCGGUCGCUCGUCCGCAAGUGGCAGACUCUGAUCGAGGCCAACAUCACGGUCAAGACCACCGACGACUACCUGCUGCGCCUGUUCGCCAUUGGCUUCACUAAGCGCCGCCCGAACCAGAUCAAGAAGACUACCUACGCCGCCUCUUCGCAGAUCCGCGCCAUCCGGAGAAAGAUGACCGAGAUCAUCCAGCGCGAGGCCAGCAGCUGCACCCUGCAGCAGCUGACCGCCAAGCUGAUCCCCGAGGUCAUUGGCCGCGAGAUUGAGAAGUCUUCCCAGGGCAUCUAUCCCCUGCAGAAUGUCCACAUCCGCAAGGUCAAGAUGCUGAAGCAGCCCAAGUUCGACCUGGGCUCUCUGCUGGCCCUGCACGGCGAGUCGGGCGGUGGCGAGGAUGGCCAGAAGGUCGAGCGCGAGUUCAAGGAGGUUGUCCUGGAGGAGGUAUAA